UGCGGGCGUGCGGGCGUGCGGGCGUCCGGGCGGGGGCCGGGGGAUGGGGAAGGAGCAGGAGCUGCUGGAGGCGGCCCGCACCGGUCACCUCCCGGCCGUGGAGAAGCUGCUGUCGGGGAAGCGCCUUUCCUCCGCCUUCGCCGCCCCCGCCGCGCCCCCCGGACCCGGACCCGGACCCGGCGCCGCCGCCGCCGCCGCCCCCGCCCCCAGCGCCGCCCCCGCGCCCAACGCCGCCGCCAGCCACCCGCUGUCCAGCCUGCUCAGCAUCUGGAGAGGGCCCAGCGUGAACUGUGUGGACAGCACUGGGUACACGCCCCUGCACCAUGCUGCUCUGAAUGGCCACAGGGACGUGGUGGAGGUGCUCCUGCGGAACGACGCCCUGACCAACGUAGCGGACUGUAAAGGCUGCUAUCCGCUCCAUCUGGCCGCCUGGAAGGGAGACGCCCAGAUAGUGAGGUUGCUCAUCCACCAGGGCCCCUCCCACACCAAAGUGAACGAACAGAGUGCUCUUGAGAUCAGAGACCUCAAAAAGUACGGCCCCUUUGACCCUUAUAUCAAUGCCAAGAACAACGACAACGAGACGGCCCUGCACUGCGCGGCUCAGUAUGGCCACACGGAGGUGGUCAGGGUCCUCCUGGAGGAGCUGACGGACCCCACCAUGCGCAACAACAAGUUCGAGACGCCGCUGGACCUGGCCGCCCUCUACGGGAGGCUGGACGUGGUGAAGCUGCUGCUCAACGCCCACCCCAACCUCUUAAGCUGCAACACUAAGAAACACACCCCCUUGCACCUGGCCGCCCGCAACGGCCACAAGGCCGUGGUCCGAGUCCUUCUGGACGCCGGGAUGGACAGCAACUACCAGACGGAGAAGGGCAGUGCUUUGCAUGAGGCUGCUUUGUUUGGCAAGACUGAUGUGGUGCAAAUCCUGCUGGCUGCAGGGAUCGACGUGACCAUCAGGGACAAUCGGGGGCUGACGGCGCUGGACACCGUGAGGGAGCUGCCCUCUCAGAAAAGCCAACAGAUCGCAGCACUCAUCGAAGGUCACACGAUGGGGAAGAAGGCUAAAGAAGCAGACAGGCCCGCUCCCGCCCAGCCCCAGCUCAUCCCCAUCGGGGACCUGGCCGUCCGAAAACCCCAAGCACCCACAGGGGACGUAGAGAGAGCCGUGAGCGAGCUCUUCAUCGACUUUGACGUCAGGUCCGAGGACGAGUGUCCCUACGAGGCCCUGUACAACGCCAUCUCCUGCCACUCCCUGGACAGCACGGCCAGCGGCAAGUCUUCCGACCGAGACUCCGGAAAUAAGGAGGCCGAGGCGGCCGGCGGGAAAGCAGCCGGAGCCGCUCCAAGAGAACGUCCACCUCCUCCAGCAAAGCCACCCCCGGACGAAGAGGAGGAGUCUCAUCCGGACAAGAAGCUCUGCCCCAGUUUGUCCUCCGAGGUGUCGUCUCUGAGGACUAAGAGCCAGGGGAAUGCAGCUGAGGAGCGAGAGGAGCACCCUUACGAGCUGUUGCUUACAGCAGAAACUAAGAAGCUAGCGGCCUCUGAGGGAAAAAUGCAAGAAGACCACAGGAGAAGCGGCGGCGGCCGGAGCCGGGACUCCGCGGACGGGCAGGUCCCCGAGCAGUUCUCGGGGCUUCUCCACGGCUCCUCCCCGGGGUGCGAGGUCAGCGAGGAUCCCUUCCGGCUCCUCUCUCCCGUCGCCCAAGGCGGGGCGGCAGAGCCGCCCGGGAGGGGCGGGAGCCGCGGUGCCGCCAUGCAGGCCGAGGACGCCGGCUUCCCCGCCCCCGGGGCCGUCCGGCCCGGCCCCGCCGACCAAAACGGGAAAGCGGGCGACGCCGCCGGCCCGCCCCCGAGCGCCGGCCCGGGAACCACGACGCGGCGGGCGGCCCGGCCCCCGGGACGGGCCGAGGAAGAGGGAGACCGCAGCGGGCCCGGGAGCCAGACCCCUCUCAACGGCAAGCUCAGAGCGGAGCUCAAACUGAGCCGGAGCUUAUCCAAGUCGGACUCUGACCUCCUGACCUGCUCGCCCACGGAAGACGACACCAUGGGGAGCCGGAGCGAGUCCCUGUCCAACUGCAGCGUCGGGAAGAAGAGGCUGGAGAAGUCUCCGUCCUUCGCCUCCGAGUGGGACGAGAUCGAGAAGAUAAUGAGCUCCAUCGGAGAAGGCAUCGACUUUUCUCAGGAACAGCAGAAGAUCUCAGGUCCGCGGCCGUCGGAGCGGAGCGUGGGCGAGUGGCUGGGCUCCGUCGGCCUGCAGCAGUACGAGAGCAAGCUGCUCCUCAACGGCUUCGACGACGUCCGCUUCCUGGGCAGUAAUGUGAUGGAGGAGCAGGACCUACGAGAGAUCGGCAUCACUGAUCCCCAGCAUCGGCGGAAACUACUCCAGGCAGCGCGGUCGCUGCCUAAGGUGAAGCCGCUGGGCUGCGACGGGAACAGCCAGCCGUCCGUCCCCUCCUGGCUCGACUCUCUGGGCCUGCAGGAUUACGUCCAGUCGUUCCUGUCCAGCGGCUACAGCUCCAUCGACACUGUGAAGAACCUCUGGGAGCUGGAGAUCGUCAAUGUCCUGAAGGUUCACCUGCUCGGCCACCGCAAACGACUCAUCGCUUCGCUCGCCGACAGGCCCUACGAGGAGCCGCCCCAGAAGCCCCCGCGCUUCUCCCAGCUGAGGUGCCAAGACCUGCCCUCCCAGACGUCCUCCCCCCUGAGCCAGAACGACUCCUACACCGGCCGGUCCGCGGACCUGCUGCUGCCCCUGGGGGACUCGGGCAAGCGGCGCCACGACGGCGGCCAGGACGUGGCCGCUCACGCCAGAGCCGACCGCCACAGAGCUCAGGAGGAGACCCGAGAGGCCAAGCUGACCCUGCGGCCACCCAGCCUAGCCGCCCCCUACGCCCCAGUGCAGAGUUGGCAGCACCGACCCGAGAAGCUCAUCUUUGAGUCCUGUGGCUACGAGGCCAAUUAUCUGGGCUCUAUGCUGAUAAAGGACCUGCGCGGGACUGAGUCUACCCAGGACGCCUGUGCCAAGAUGCGGAAAUCCACCGAGCAGAUGAAAAAGAUCCCGACCAUCAUCCUGUCGAUCACGUACAAAGGAGUGAAGUUCAUCGACGCCUCCAACAAGAACAUCAUUGCGGAACACGAGAUCCGGAACAUCUCGUGCGCGGCCCAGGACCCGGAAGACCUCUGCACUUUUGCCUACAUCACCAAGGACCUGCAGACCAGCCACCACUACUGCCAUGUCUUCAGCACGGUGGACGUGAAUCUGACCUACGAGAUCAUCUUGACGCUGGGACAGGCAUUCGAGGUGGCCUAUCAGCUGGCCCUCCAAGCCCAGAAGUCCAAAUCCCUAAGCGCGCCGGCGGCAGAGACGAUCGAAACCAAAUCUUCCAAACCGGUGCCUAAGCCUCGCGUCGGCGUGAGGAAAUCCGCACUGGAGCCAUCCGAAAUGGACCAAGACCCCCAAGGCCACGCUAGCGUCUCCUGGGUGGUGGACCCUAAACCGGAUUCCAAGCGGAGCCUCAGCACUAACUGAGCCACCGAGAGCCAUAUUUUGCAGCAGAAACAUAGCGCGGGGCACAGCUCGCCACCACCGCCGCCACCUCGACCGCCUCUCCGAGACCCGGGCCCGGCCUCCGCCUGCGGGAUCUCCUCCACGCUGCCGUCCCGGGCCCCCCACCCCCACCCCCACCCGCCCCCGGUCGGGCCUCCCGGGACUCUGCCAUCCGCUGGAGAGCAACCGCCGCUCAGGGUCUCCCACCGGGGGCGGCCGGGACUCCGAGGGCCAAGAUGCGAUUCCCACUUUUCUAGCUUGUCAAGACAAACUUUUUUUUAAGAAAAAAAAAACAACCAAAAAGCCAAAAACCUUCUUCCCUUAGCCAGAGUCCUUGGGGCUGGCUCCGGUUUCAGCCUGGAGGGGUCACAGGGCAAGAGCCGUCUGGAAGUUAGUCCAAGACAGUCUGUCCGGCCCUGUCUGCCGGCCACGAAUGUGGGCCCGGGUCUCGGUGAGGGAGGUGUCUCCGCCAUCCCAAGCUGAGGGCUCACGGGAGACGGGGAACGCUCGAGAGGCAUUUGGGUCUGGAUCAUGUUUUGAAACCCAGCCGACUGCUUGUUGUAGUUCCCUCUCGGCACCAUCUGUCCCAGAUGAGAUGAGGGAAAGGCUAUUUGAAGAAAACCAGUUUUUCUAACGGAACCCUAACUCUUGGAAUUGUUGAGGAGGGAGGCGGGGGUCCCCCGAGCAGAAGCGGCAGCUCCAGACCCAUUUCUGCUGGGAUUUUUGAGCUGACAUUUUGCUGGCCGGAUGAGAAUGCCCACGGGUGGAAAUGGGCUCCUGGCCGUUUACAAUCGGAAGGCCGCCCGGGUCUCUCGCUCUGUCUCCCCCAUCCUCCCCAACUAGUUCCCGGGAGGGGCGGGUGGAGGAACGGGAUCGUCGGAGCCCAGGACGAAAAGGAAAGGCUUUGGCCGUGAAGCGACGAUGACGUCGAGUUACCACUCGACCCCUCUGGUGGCUGGCCCCUAAUCUCGUUCGUAAUGCCUUGACGGGGCCGUGCAAUCAGUGUCCGUUUUCACUAAACAGAGUAUUGCCCUGCGGGGUCAGCGAGACGACUGUUAUGCUCUGGGCCGGGAUCCCAGUGCCCCACUCAGUGUACAGAGGUGAUGGCGCCCGCGUCCGUGGCCGAGCGGGGGCCGCCCGGCCCCGGCCGGAACCCCUCUGCUUCUUAAAGCUGUCCGUUCGGUUUCUGUUUCUCCUUUUGAUUCCAGCUGCUGGAAUUUCACUGAGGCGUUUAUGCCGGCGGGGUGGAUAGGAAGGAGACCCAGCCCCGCGCUCUCGGCCUGCUCCCUUCUGGGAACGGGAGCAAAAGGAGCGUUGCCGGAGCCGUCCCGGCCUGGGCGUGGGGCGCCGUCGGUCCGGUUUCCUUGUAAACACCCCGGGCUUCUCUGUUUCCAGUCAGAUGUGUAAAUUGAAACUCCGUGUCUGUGUUGGCGGCGGGGAAGGGGGAGCCUGGGCAAGGAAGAGUUCUCCUCGAAAUGCCCAGCCUUGCAGCGGGUUGGGGAUCUGUGGGUCGUGUCUUCAGGCCUAGGGCACCUAGCUUAAAGCACCGGGUUUCGUCUCGGUGCCGUGGCGGUUCCCCAAGCAGCCGGCCCUCUGAGCGGAUCGGCUAAGUGACUCCAGUGGUCCCAGACCCUGGUAGGAGGAGGUCAGCUCUGGCUUCUUGGUACUAGAGAAGGAGCCCGGGACCCCAGUGGGCACCGGUCUCCUCCUCAGCGGGACUCCCACCCUGUUUUUGCCGGCCCUCCUUCCCUCCAAAAUUUUACAAAGAGAGCAGUUGCGGUCCUUGAUUUAAGGAGGCACGGUGCAGUGAGAUUGUGGAAUUGGACCACCUCUGCUUUAAAGUUGACACCCUUCCCCUCCCUGCCAAGAGCCUGGUUGCUGCAAUUGUCUUCGUUUUUCAGGAUUCCUCCUCCCCGAGAAUCUCUUGGUAGGUAAUAGAUCUAGAAUGAAAAUCUCCAGGUAGACACUAAGAUGAAUUCCUCAGUUGGUUUUUUUUUUUUAAAUAAAAUCACUUCUAGUGUUUUUCUUAAAGCUAGCUAUUUAUCCUCUAUUUAUUCAGAGCAUAUUCAAUUUGCGAAGCCUUAGCUGAGCAGCUCUGGCUUUGAUUUCCUCUUGGGGAUUGCUCUCCUUGGGCAAAUCCAAGAAAGAAAAACAACUGGAUUUUUUUAUUUUUAUUUUCUUUUUUUCAGUCAGGUACGCUCCCUUCGGCUUCAGGUGGGAAAAACCGUCCCCCACUGCAUCGCUCUCAGUGGUGGUGGGGAGAACUCAGCUGUGUGCGUUCUGAACUGUGAACGAGCCCAUUUGGGCGGGAAAAACGCAGCGCUCUUGAAACGGGUUCAGUCAGGAUGAUGGGAUAAUCCGCUACCUUCCCCAGGCUGUCUGCUCUGGGUGUCGAUCAAUCAGCGGUAUUUAUUGAGCGCUUGCUGUGUGCAGAGCACUGGACCGAGCGCUGGGAGAGGACAGUGCAGUCGAGUUGGUGGACAGGGUACCUGCCCACUAGGAUUUUCCAGCCUCGAAGGGGAGCUUUCUGCUUGCAGUUGGUCCACGCAAUAGGAUUUUCCUUCCUACCGGGCUGGGCGUUUCCGAUUUCCCCGAACCCUCCCUAGGCCCUGCAGGCUACAGAGAUUGGGAGCAGUCCUCGAGACUACUGGGGUGAAAAGGAACAAGAGGCCCGGUCACUUGGGAAACGGCAAAAAGCCGCUCUGAGAGCAGCCCGUCUCUAAGGCUCGGCUCGGGACCGCCCAGACGUGCAGUUUAACUGUCGGUUUCAGUUUGCAGCGAGGUUGUAUUUGCUACUUGUGGUGUACGGCAGUUGGACCGAUUUGUAAUAAAAUGUUAUUUAAUCUUCGUCUCUGUAUUUUGAUACUUGAAUGAUUUUCCUUUUUAUUUUCCUGUACAUAGACUUGUCAACCUGUUCAAAUUUGUCUUAAGUAUAAACAUCUUGUGGUACCAAACAUAACCAAUAGACUGACCUCACUACACAGAGACUGUAAAUAUUCCUGGGCUUCCAGCAUUGGUUUUGUUAUUUUCAUAACUGUGCGACUUAGAACAGACCGAAUGAUUAAAUGAGAGAUGACAGACGCGGA